AUGGCUUCUCAUCCUCUGGAUCAUUUGAAUGAUUCCAGAGCAUGGGAGGUCAUUCUCGUUACUACUUUUGUCACUAUGCUCCGUUAGUAUUUGUAGUUGUAUUUUUUUUUUCUUCUCCAUCAUCGUUCAUCAUCAUUUUGGGCAAAUCGCGGUUUUUCUUAUUAAUUUUGCGAAAGAUCGAUUACGGGUUGAAUUAGUGUUGCGAAGAAACGAUAAUCGUGUUUGCUUUAAAGUUGCGAAUUAUAAUACCGCGAUUGUCUUUUACAAUUUUGAUUUAAAUUUUAUAGUUGUUUUAUGUUAUAGAUAGUAAAAUUUGUCUUGCUUUCUAUUAUUUUAAAUUAAAUUAUAGAGUCAUUGCUUUUAAUUAAUUUUCGAGUGUUAAAGUAUUUGAAGUAACUUUUUGUUCGUACAGUUUUGUAUUGUUCAUAAUUAUUUUCAUUGAAUUUAAAGUUAGUGUUGCGACAUUAUUUCAUCGUGAUUUCCAAUCAUUUUUAUUCUUAGUGUUGCGAUAAUGAUUGAUCGCGUUUCUUGAAGUAGCGUUGCGUUUACAAAAUGCCCAAAUUCUUUCACUGGAUUCGUGGAAGACUGUUUCUGCUCCUGGAUCACCUGAUACACCCAGGUACAAGAGCUGUACAGAGGUGGUCAUUCACCAGCAAUCUCCAGCAUGAUUGCACUGGACGCGUCGCAAUUAGUGUUGCGUAUUUCUGUGGAUGAGUGCAUAGAUUAAUAGCAUUGCGUACUUAUUUUCGGGAAUUUUAAAUAUAGCACACUUCGCGUUUGAUUUUGAAAAUUCUUUAUUUCAUAAUUAGUAGUGCUAGUGAGUUAGUGUUGCGAAACAAGAUACGGUUUGUUGCUCGCGUUCAUUUCGAAUGCAGAUUUGACAGUAGCUCUUCUGGUUAUUGUAUUGAGUAGAAAAUGUUUUUUUAGUAGCCCUUCUGGCUACUGUUUUAGAUUUUCUUUGUCAGUAAUUCUUCUAGUUACUGUGUUAGGUUUUCUUUUUCAGCAUCCCUUACUACACUGCGUUCAUUACUGAAAAUACUGCUAGUUGAAAUACAAAUCAAAAUCUAAUUUUAAUCGAGUCUUCUUUCAUCUAAAAUAAAUUUUCAAUUUUUGAUUUAUUCAAGUUCAAUCUAAUCUAAUCAUUAUUCUUACGUUCAAUUUACGUAAUAAUUUCGAUUAAAAGAAUAUUUUAAUUCAAUUAAUAAAGUAUAAUUAUGAAGUAAUAUCUUAACAACAUUUUCAUUUUUUUGUAUAUAUAAUAUAUCUUCAUUGCAGGCCUUUUUAUUUAAAUUAUAAUACUAAUCCAGCACAUGAGUUUGUUUCAGAUACAUUAACUUACAGAAAGUAUUAG